CAAGAAGAAAAAAGCUCACAUCGUGUGGGACAUGUACUAGCCAACAACGCCUCUACACUUAACCCUUCAAUGCCUCAUAAAAUGAAAAUGUAGUCUCUCUUUUUAUAACCACUUCUCGAAAACUGAAACCUUUGUAGAGAGAACCCAUAGUUCGAUAAAACAUUCUUUUUGCAACUGAGACUUGGCAACUUGGUUUUACUCAAAGUAAGAUUUCUUCUUGUUGAUGGUGAUAAGUUCAAUAUGAUGAAAAGUUUGGCUAGUGCGGUUGGAGGGAAGACGGCGAGGGCAUGUGAUAGCUGCGUGAAGAGGCGGGCACGUUGGUAUUGCGCAGCUGAUGAUGCCUUUCUUUGCCAUGCUUGUGACGGUUCGGUCCACUCGGCAAACCCUCUUGCUCGUAGGCACGAGAGAGUUCGCUUGAAAUCGGCUAGCGCCGGAAAGUAUCGCCAUGCCUCGCCGCCUCACCAAGCCACGUGGCAUCAGGGAUUUACACGUAAAGCUCGGACCCCACGUGGAGGCAAGAAGAGCCACACGAUGGUUUUUCAUGAUCUUGUGCCGGAGAUGAGCACGGAGGAUCAAGCGGAGAGUUACGAGGUGGAAGAGCAGCUCAUAUUUGAGGUGCCGGUGAUGAACUCGAUGGUUGAGGAGCAAUGCUUUAACCAAUCCCUGGAGAAACAGAAUGAGUUUCCAAUGAUGCCCUUAAGUUUCAAGAGUAGUGACGAAGAAGAUGACGACAACGCUGAGAGUUGUCUGAAUGGUUUGUUCCCAACCGACAUGGAACUAGCUCAGUUCACAGCUGACGUGGAGACUCUACUCGGUGGAGGGGAUCGAGAGUUUCAUUCCAUAGAAGAACUAGGGUUAGGUGAGAUGUUAAAGAUCGAAAAAGAGGAGGUGGAGGAAGAGGGAGUUGUGACAAGAGAAGUGCAUGAUCAAGAUGAAGGUGAUGAGACAUCCCCAUUUGAAAUAAGCUUUGACUACGAGUACACACACAAGACCACAUUCGAUGAAGGAGAAGAAGAUGAGAAAGAAGACGUGAUGAAGAAUGUGAUGGAGAUGGGAGUGAAUGAGAUGAGUGGUGGGAUUAAAGAAGAGAAGAAGGAGAAGGCUCUUAUGCUUAGAUUGGACUAUGAAUCAGUCAUUUCCACUUGGGGAGGCCAAGGGAUCCCAUGGACCGCCCGGGUGCCAUCUGAAAUAGACCUCGACAUGGUUUGUUUCCCAACCCAUACCAUGGGUGAAAGUGGAGCAGAGGCUCAUCAUCACAACCACUUCCGCGGCCUAGGGUUACACCUAGGAGAUGCUGGGGAUGGAGGAAGAGAGGCUAGGGUUUCAAGAUACCGAGAGAAAAGGAGGACAAGGUUGUUCUCCAAGAAGAUAAGGUACGAGGUACGUAAAUUGAAUGCAGAGAAAAGGCCUCGCAUGAAAGGAAGGUUCGUCAAGAGAUCUUCAAUUGGUGUUGCUCACUAAAGAACUUAAUUAAUUAUGGAUAUUAAAUUACUUUGCUCUCAUCUUGCUUUUUUGUUGCUAUAGUUUUGGUGAUUGUUAGCUUUCUUUUUCUGCAUUCAUAGAGAAUUUUGCACGUUUUUGUGAGCUACGUAUGUACAUAAAUAUAUCACCAAAAAAUGUGACUAUCUUGUAAGCACUGAUUUAUAUAGUCGAUAUAACGUGAAUUUUGAUUGCUGGUAAUCUGCUGUCACCAAAAUAAACAUAUGGAUUGUCACAACUCACAAAUAUCCCACUGAAAUAUCUUAAUUUGUUUUAUUUUAUUCAUAUCAGCUAUAAUAUUAUUAAUUUAUCAAAUUGUCCGCAGCUGAGGAUUUGAAUCCAAAAUCUUCUCAAAACAUUAAGGUACACUAUAGUUUUUUCUGACAAUGGUUCAGUUUUUAGUCAUCAGAAAAAUUCGUUUAACAACAGGUGUUGAGGGACACUUGAACAAACAAUAACAAUUAUAAAUUGAAUUGUUGCAAUGGAAAACACUGAUCGGGAGAUAUCUUUAUUCUUUACAAAGUUAUUUCCAAUAUCAAUUUUUCAAGAGUUAAGUAGAAGAGUACUUGGCUUGGGAAAAUUAUAAUUUUGUAAGAAAAGUGAUAUGAAAAUUAUAUAAUUGUGUGGUGUUUUGUAUUUCAGAUUUUAAAUUGGUUAUAGUUGUAUUUAUGCAAUCAAUUUUUAUCUUCUUUUUUUUCAUAAUUUCCUUUGUUUGUUGUACUAAAUAGCCUAAUAUUAACCUUAUAUAUGUUCAAACCAACAAAUAUGUUUUCACACUUUAAAGCAGCAGUAAUUUGGCAACACUUAAGAAGAAAAUAUCCAAGAUAUGAUUUGGCAACACUUUAGAAGAAAAUAUCCUUCAAUAUCUUGGAUCGUGAGGCCCUUUGGACAUAUUAAUGAUGACAAUUUUGAAUUGAUAGAAAAAACAAGUUAAGGGUUUGUGCUUUAACGUGUUUGGUCCUUAGUCAUAGUGUCAUACGAUUCGAGCUGCUGGGGACACUCUUUCGCUUCUGAGCUGGUUUGAAGUGGGCACUCAGAUAUUAUUACUCAGAAACAAUGAAAUAAUUGUAUUUAGUCCUGCAUGGCUUUUCAUUCAUAACAAAGUAAUAUCAUAUAAAAUAAUAUAUUAAUUAAGGAC